UCUGCAUAGAUUCUUUAAAACAGGAGUACCUCCUUUCAAAGAAGGCAGUGUCUCUCUCUCUCUCUGUUUGUGUGUGUGUGUAUGUGUGUGUGAGGGUUAGCAAGAGGGAGAGAGAGAGAAAGCAAGAGGGGAGAGAGAGAGAGGGAAGAGGAGAGAGCGAGAGAGAGACAAAGCUAUGAAAUUCAUCAGUGCGGUUUCCCUGCUUCUACUCUUUCCAGCUCUGAGCCUUAAUACUCGACAGGGCUAUGAGGAUCUGGAAAGGAAGCUGAAAGAAGUGUUCAUGGAAAGAAGUGGAAUCCUGCGACAGCUUUCAAAAACAUCGAAGGAGUUGGACGGGAUUAAAGGGAACUUACAGUCUCUGAAAAAUGACGAAGCGGUGACCAAGAAAGAUGUACAGCGAAUUCUGGCCUUGAGCCAGAAACAAAGGGAGGAGAUGAAGUCCUUCCAGGAAGCCUUGCAGAAGCAGCUUAAUGAAGCUGCAGAGAAAGCCGAGAAGCAGCAGGCUACUAUUAAUUUCCUGAAGGCAGAGAUGGAAAGGAAGACGAAAAUAAUCAAAGACUUGCAGCAGGAGAACAAAAGCCUAAAGAACAAACUCCUGUCAGGCAGCAAGCUCUGUGGCAUCCAUGCAGAGGAGUCCAAAAAAAUCCAGGCUCAGUUGAAGGAGCUGCGCUACGGCAAGAAGGAUUUGAUUUUUAAGGGACAGCAGCUCACAGAUCUGGAGCUGAAACUAACUGCGGCUAAAAAGGAGUUGGAGAAGGCAGCGCUAGACAAGGAGUCACAGCUGAAGGCCCUGAAGGAGACAGUACAUCUCUGCCUGUCGUCAGUUCUGCACAAUCAGCCUCCCACUGCGAAUCGAAUCCCUUCAAAGCCAUCGGAGAGGUUGACGUCCCCGCUCACAAACAGCUCCGGAGUUCUGUUCCAGCAGCCACACACCAAGGAUAUUUCUCUUCCUUGGAAGAGCGAAGCAUCGAAAACAGGGACCACGAAUGGCGAGCCUGUCAAGAAGGGUAAUCGGGGGCUCCCAGAGUGUCAUCCUCCAAAUGCUGGCAAGUAUUGUUCUCAAAACCAAACUGAACAAGGGUCAUUGGAGAAGAAGGCAGUUCAACUAAAUCUAUAUGAUCAGAAAGCCCUCGACCCCUCAUGGGAGAAAGCUGACGUAUUAAAGUCAGUUGAAGACAGCAAGAAAAUACUGGAAAACGAGGACAACAAGAUGGAGGCCAAAGGAAUAUGAUUCACAAAAUUGUAACAAUCCAAUUGUAGAUAUUGUCAAGACUUGCAUUGGAACAUUCUGUAUGCUAGGCUGUCGUUUCUUUCUUGUGGAGGUGUAGUUCAGCACUGAGGCAUGCCCCCCCCCCACACCUAUCUUCACUUUACUACUUGUCUAUUUAUUAAUGGAACUUCCCUUGUGAAAAUGAAACAUAUUGUAACAACGUGCGUCGUUUCAUUUCAUUAAAAUAAAAACUCUGUUGACAGACCAAUAUUCAGAACGGUUCAUUUAUUAAAAUUAAAUGAAAUCAAUUGCCAGAUGAUGCCAACGGCAAAGUUAAUAAUGUGGAGACGUCAGUCACUGUAAUGUCUAAAGCGAUUGUAUAAUAAUAACACCCAUAGCACAUGCAGAUAUUUGUCUCUUCUUUAAUAACAGUCAGCUAUUAAUUGCAUCAUAAUGGCAUCUAAAUAAAGACAUAUUUCAAAGCUGUAUCACCUUUCUGAUGUUUGCUUGCUGUUACAGACAGAAAUCCACUGAAGAGAUUCAUGAGCAUUGUUAAUAGAAUUGUUCCAAACCAAUAAUUCCAUUAUGCAAUCUUACAGUUCUCAAAGAUCAAGUUGAAAUGCUGAGGAACAUGCGCAAAAUAACCCAUGCAUUAUUCUGGCUUCAUAGAUCUAAUUUUCAGGUUUCAUACACAGUUAAUAAUACUUGUACGAUCCUAGGGUGUGAGUUGUAUCACGAAGCAAAGACCUGUUAAGUGCCAGCAGCUUUGCCUCAGAAGAUAUAUAACAGCUACCAAUGUGGCCAUUACCCAAUGAAAUCACUACUGCCUCCAGAAGUAAUUGCUGAAAUAAUAAAUAUAAUAUAAUGCUGCAGUAAUUCUUUAAAUGUGAAUCCUGACAUUUGUAUAUUGCUGCCGAAAUGUCACAUCACACUCUGUGACUCGAAUAUUAAUGGCCAAAGAACAACUUCUUAAGGUUGUUUUAGUUUCUCAUUAAUUCAGCAGCACACGCUCAAUCUUCAGUCACGCUGCAGCUGUAUUUAUUGAUGAAUACAAAUCUUUAAAAGAGAAUGUGUGAAUAGAUUAAUUCCUGGAAUCACAAGGGCGACACUAGCAACAGCUUCUAUGUAACAUAGUUAUUCUCCCAAUGCUUCAAUGCUGUUCAAAGUGCCUGUAAUAAAUGCAGUAACAUGUGUGUAGCUUGUAUUUGAAGUGCAUCAUACCUUUCAUAAUGAUAAUGAAGAAGAUUACAAGAAAUUAGUGACAUACAGUACACACGUUAUAAUAGAAUAGUGUUAAAAAGAGUGUAUUGCCUAGAGCCUGACCAGAAAAGUGUGUCUUCUGCCAUAGUUUGUCAUAUAUUUAUUUUUGUGUAACUAAAAGUUGUUAUAUUUAUUAAUAGCAUGAUCUGGAUCAUUAAUCAACAUGUGCAUUGAUUCAAAAGUUAGAAACAACCCCCCCCCCCC